ACAAAGCCGUCCGGUCCCAAAGGAGCGUCUUUCCAAUUGACACCUAAUUUCUCGUUCAAUUACUCUCUUUCUUCUUCAUCAACCUGCCAUUCCUGAAUUGCAUCACAUUUUACAUAUAUAAUAUACUAAAUAGAGAUACACAUUCCUGCACUGCACAUAUCCCCAUAGCUAAAAACUCAAAAAGAAAAUUCAAUAUUAAUACUCAAUACCCCUGCAUUUUCCCCAUUACUAUGCAUGUCUAAGCUUGUCUUCUUCACACUCCCCCAUAACAUUAGCACCCCCUUUUCCCCCCUCUUUUGAUCUAGAUUUGAUCCUUUCACUUGUUUUUGAAUAUAAGCAUAAUGGGUUCCGUACUGUUGUACACUUCCUCUGUUUCACUAUCAAGAUUUGUUAUGUUUUGUCCCUUUCUAUUCUGUUAGUUUCUUCCAAAGUGCUUCAAGAAUCUCUUUAUUUCUUCAGUUUGUGUGAAACCCAGAAUGUAAUAUUGCUUAAUUCCAAAAACCCAGAGAAACCCAUGUUUGUUUUUUCAUAAAUAGUUGUUAUUUCAAGAAAAGAAUUCCCAAAACCCAGUUGUUGUUUUUUAGGAUUAAGAUAGUUGUAUUUCGAUUUUUAUACGAUUUGGGUAAAUGGGGAAUUGUUUGGGGUUAUCGAGAAAGUCGGCGUCGGAGAUUGCGCCGGCAGAUGUGCUAAAGAAAUAUCCGGCUGUUAAACUGUACGGACAUCCGAAUAGUAUUCCGACUUAUUACAUUCGAUGUGCUCUCCUUUACAAGCCUGUUACAGUCAAUUUCGUCCCUUCAGAUACCCAUCAAUCGCCGGUGGUGGAGUACAAAUCGGAUUCUGUCACCGGCUCCGUUGAUUCCGUGCUGCGUUAUUUGGACUUGAAGUUUCCGGAGCCGAAGUUGUUGACGGGGAGUAUAGGUGGGUGGUAUGAUGAAACGACGCCGUUUGUUGUGUGGUUGGUGAUUUUGCAGCAUAGGAGUAUAAUGUGGCAUUUGGAGAGAAUGGGGAGGUGGGCGGAGGAUUUGGCGGCGCGUGGAGGCAAAGCACGGGGUGAUCCGGCGAUGGGGACUCCACGAAUGGAGGUGAGGAAGUUUGCUAGUGGUUAUUCACAGUUGCUGGAGCUAAUGCUUGAACAUGCUCAAAUGGAAGAAAGAGUUGUCUUUCAAAUCUUGGAAAAAGCUGAUAGAGGAUUGUCUAAAGCUGCAAAUGAGGAGCAUGCAAGGGACCUUCCUAUGAUGAAUGGUAUUAAAGAAGAUAUCAAAUCCAUAGGAGUUCUUGAUUCAGGGCAUCCUGCCUACCAAGACGCCCUCUGCAACCUCUCUACUCGACUCAAAACCUUAAAGGAGCAUAGCAAGAAACACUUUGAAGAAGAGGAGAAGAAUCUACUGCCACUGAUGGAGGCAGCCGAAUUGAGUAAAGCGCAACAGGAUAAAGUUCUAGACCAGUGUUUGGAUGUCAUGCACGGGACACACUCCCAUAUAUUUCGGUUCUUUAUGGAAGGCCUCCUCCCUCCGGAUGCAAUGCAUUACUUGGACAUGCUUUCUAGGUGCAGUGACCAAAACCGAGUUUCGUCAAUGCUCCGGUUAAUUGUUGAUAAGGGUGUAUGAUCCAAUUUGACAAUCAAACAUUGUUUCUUUGAAAUACGGACAACAAUCACUUGAUGAUCGAGAAAUUAAUCAUUUAGUUUGGUCCAGCUAUGCUAUGAUCACUUGUAAUUGCUUUGCUCUUCUUUAGUAUCCUUUAAGCACCAUUGUUACCUUUUGUGUAUUUCUGUCACAACUCACAAGGCAGAUACUCAAAGCAAAAGGGAGGAGAGGUAGGUUGCCUUUUGUUCUUUCUACUUUUAAUAUUUUCUGUCUUUUUUUUUUCUUUUACUUUAGAAGUUUAGUUGGUUAUAGUACAAUAUAUGUACAUAGUGAAAACAUCAAAGGGACAAGCUUUGAUGGAUGUUGCUUUGAAUUUACUUUGUUAAUGUAAAUAAUUUGGAGGUAGUCCAUGUGGAAUGUUGUUGCUUUUGUGUAAAAAAAGAAGGUUAUAUGUCA